AUGGCGAACAUCAAGGUGGCCGUGCGUGUAAGACCGAUCUCUGCCAGGGAGGUGAAUCUAACCGGAUCAGAGGUGGUCGUCCAUACCGAUUCCAACGGGAUCUCAUUGACGAACCUAAAGGUGUCGUCGAGCAAGGCUGGGGACAGUCGCGAGAGAACACGGCGAUAUGAUUUCGACUAUUGCUUCGACUCUUCCCAUCCAGACGCCGAGGAUUUCGCGGACCAGGCUAGGAUUUACGAGACCCUCGGCCAGUCUGUCCUGGAUGCCGUCUUCUCCGGCUACAAUGCGUGUCUGGUCGCUUACGGUCAGAGCGCUUCCGGGAAAACCUAUACGAUGAUGGGCACCAAGGAGGAUCCCGGCCUGACGCCGAGGCUUUGCCAGGAACUGUUCACCAGGAUCGAGGCGAACGCUAGGGACGAGAAGAGUCAACGCGUUUCGGUCAGUUACCUGGAGAUAUACAACGAGAGGGUGAGAGACCUUUUGAAGCCGUCCUCGAGCACAAGCGGAUUGAGAGUUCGCGAGCAUCCUCGACUCGGCCCUUACGUUCAAGGUCUGACCCACCACGUGGUCCGCACCCUGGGGUCGUUGAUGUCCUACGUGGAGGAAGGGACGAAGGCCCGUAAGACAGCUUCGACCCAGCUGAACCCAAGCAGCAGUCGGAGCCACGCUCUGCUGACGAUCGCCGUGUCGCCGGAACCGUCGACGGUCCCGCACGGCGCUUCUUCCACCGUCUCCAGUUCCGCGAGGAGGAAGAGCGAGGCCUCGCCACGCGGUGGCAGUAAACUACGCUUGGUCGAUCUGGCAGGCAGCGAGAACGCGGCCACGUGCAGCGGCGUUCAUCGACUGAAGGAGGGCGCGAACAUAAACAAGAGUCUAGUGGCUCUAGGGAACGUAAUAUCAGCCCUCGCGGAGAGAGGCUCGACCGGAAGUGGUCCAGGCAGGAGGUUCAUCCCUUACAGAGAUUCUUCGCUUACUUGGCUGUUGAAGGACGCACUUGGCGGAAAUGCCACUACCAUUAUGCUCGCCACGAUAUCGCCGGCAAGCGGAAGCUACAACGAGACCGCGCACACACUGCGAUUCGCGCAAAGGGCUCAGAGCGUGGUCAACCGGCCGGUGGUCAACGAAGAUCCGGUGGCGAGGGUGAUCCGCGAGCUGAGGGCGGAAGUGGCGAGGCUGAAGUCGCUGUUGCUGGAAAAGAAUAUCGAGCCGGACAAGGCGUUGUGCUUUUGCCAGAAGUACCAGUGUCUACCAACGUAUCAUCCUGACGUUCUGGAGGUAUCAACAAAGGAAUCGCAAAGGCUGCCAAUCGAGCCGUUCGAGGAACGAGUCCUAGAGUCGGACGUCGAAAGGGAUCAGAGGGAAGGGAGGACGGAAGAGGAGCAGUUCUCCAGGAGCAUCGUUCCACUUCGAAGGUCAAAUUCCACCGACAGUCUCACCCUUUGCGACGCCGGUUCAUCCCUGAAGAGAUUCGGCUCCCACGAGUUUUUGUCCAAGGACCGUUUCGGCGAGCAUUACAAUCGCGCCAGGGUGACAGAGCUGAACGACGAGGAGGACGAGGUCAGCGAGAUUCACGAGUCCGUGUUCGUCGACAUCCCAACUUUAGUCGCGGUAUUGAUCAAGCCGGACGACAGUCUGCAGGAGUCCUCGACGCAGAUCGAGGAGAUCUGCUCGGACGAGACGGCGGAGGACGGGAUCGACGUCGAGUUCAUCGAGUCUGUGAACGAUCACGCGGCGUUCGAGGACCCUGAGAAGCCGGAGAGCAUCGAUCACGACGAGAGGAGCAGCUCGGUGAACUCCUGUCACGCUUCUGGGGACAACGAGGCGGAUGUUUAUCGAACCACUGACUACACGAGAUCCGGUUCGAGGUUGAAGGAGAAGCCGAAGUUCCGAAAGCAAGACACGGUGGACAUACUGUCCACCUCUAUUCCGUCGAAUCUUCAUACGUCGAAGAGAUUCGGAUCGGUGGAAACGAUCCAGAAAAAGAAAGAGCCCAUCUUCUCUUUGGAAAGGUCUCAUACGAAUCUAGAGAGAAGAUUCGUGGCCCCAGAAAGGGCAAAGAAAUUGAACAACAUCAGAGAGAUCGACGACCAAAAGGUUGGCACUAGGAACCUCUGGAGAGGUAGCAAGGAGCAGCUUCAGAGAAAGAGUAGUAACGACUCUGACAAGAGUCUGAAGGAAGCUGGUAGCCAUAUCGGGGCGAAGGCGAAGAGUCACGUGAGGAAGCCUAGUUUGGAGAACCUGAAGAGGAAGACCAGCAAGGACAGCAGUUCGAGCAGCUCGAAGGACGAGCAGAUCGUGAUCUCCAGUCUAGCCAGGGAGAAGCUAUUGCACAGGAAGAAUUCUCUGGAGCAGGAAUCAGCCUCUGUCAGGGCUCACACGCCCAUACAACGUGCCAAGCGAGCGGAGAUCGUGGCCGCAGUCACGGAGAGGUUGUACUCGAGCAAAAAGGUCCCGGAGGAUGCCUCCGGGAUCAGAUCGCCGCCAGAGGGAACGGAGGUCAGGUCGUUGGCUAGGAUGAAGCUGCAGGAGAUCUCGAGGAAGAUGCUGGGGAAACGAAGACGCGUUUGCGUGGACACGCAGACGGAUUGCUCGCGGACUGUUCGGAUGAAGGACACUGCGUCUUCGACCGAAACGCCUGAGAUUCAGGAUGUUGGAGUCGUAACUGAUGAUCAUGAGGGCUGUGAAAUCAUCACAACCCAGAGGACGCCUGUUAUACGCGUGAAAGAAAUCGCCACCUUGACGGACAAACCCAAAACAAACAUUGUCAGAUGCAAGGACGUGGCCAGUCUGGCUACUGACCUCGACCAGUUCGAGUACGAGAUUCAUUCCCCUCGUAACGAUUCGGGGAUUCUAUCCGAUGACACCCAGAACUACGCUGAGAGUAAUUUAUCCAGCACUGAGGUUUCUGAUUUUUGUCAGGAACCUGAUCGAAGAACUAUGCAUGCCGAGAGCUCAACCAACACACUUUACUCAUCCUGUCGGAGCUUCGCAGUUCAAACACCUCGACGCAACAGCGUCAUUUCCAUAUCGCUACCGGACACGAUUAGCAUCACCAUCGAAAGCACGAACGUUCUAGAGUCCAGAAUUGCUGUGAUGGACACUCUGGACCCGGAGAAGAUCAAGUCCAGCACGAAAGACGGCGAGGUUCAAACGGAGGAGUCGAGAGGUCUUUAUAGCGAGAGCGUUUGUUCCAACGAUUCCUGUAGAUCGACGCCCAGCCAGACCGACAGCCGUGUGUUUCGGAUCGAGAACAUCUUUCAGGACCCUAACAACGCGUCCAAGAAGACGGACGUCGCUGCGGACCAGGCGGAGGGGACGCGGAUGAGGAAUUCCAUUACUUUCAGGAAUUCCCUGGGGACUUCGUACGUGUCGCAGGCCAGGGAAGGCGAGAUUGCCAGUCCCGAGACGAGACGGCACCGCGGUGAAGGAUUUAUCGGGGACGGCUUAAUCACAGAGGCGUUCAUCACGAAGAAGCGCGGCCACGAGUUCGGAAGAGGACCCAGCGCGAUCGUUUACGGGGAUCCGUGGAGAAAGUGGUCGCUUGGGCCUGGCCCCGUAAAUACGAUUCGCUCCAUUGAUUAUGCCAAGGGGCUGGAACCCUCCUCUUGGCAGUGGCGGACCAGCGAGAUCCCAGUGGCCGGACUAACUUUGUCCUGUUCGAACUGCGUAUUGUUGGAGAACGGUUCGACGUUUAGGCAGAUGGACACUGAUGCAGUUAACGUCGAGCCGAAAACUUCCUCAUCGACUGUGCUGGAGACGAAUAACAGCAGUAUCGAACACGAUCAUAGUUUCUCGGAUGACAGUUUGGAUUAUAACGAGAAUAAUGCGUUGGGUCAAACGGUGCUGAAGGUGGAUGACUGCGAGCUGAGGGAGAGCCUUUGUCCACCUGACGUGGUGGCGCACACUAAGAAGGAUUGCCCUAAGCUCUCGAGUACACUCGAGACGGAGACGAUAGAGUCCUCGGGGGAUUUCGAGGAGAGCCAUCUCGAGUUCCCAAAGAUGAAGCCAACCGAAGGAACGGAAGUCAUGCAGAUACAGGAUUACAAGUCCCUUAUCUUAGGCAGUCCCUGUUAUAGCCACGAGGAAGCGAACGAAGACUCCGAUAGUUCGUGUAAUCGUGUUAAUCAUGAUGGAAAGAAGAAGGUAUCUUUUUUGAACACCACCGAGUGUGAAACCAAGAUUCCCUCAGCUCAAGAAUCCUCGAAGCAGGGAUCAAAGACGACAUUGAAGUCAAUCAUUAAGAAAAGGAAGAAGAGAAACGUGUCGGAGCUCUCAAGCAACGUUCAAUCGUCGAACGAUGAGACUGACGAUUCGCAACAGGAAGAGAAAAACAAUGUAGUGCCGGGUAACCACUGGAAGGAACAAGUACAGUCGACUAGUGCCGAGGAAACGUUGAAAAAAAAUUUCGAUUCUGUGGAUUCACGGAUGGACACGAAGCAGAACAAUAAGAAAGUGAAGUUCCUCUUGGAGGAUCUAUCGGAAAACACGUGCAGCGAAUCUGACAGUUGUGAGAACGCGGAGGACGAAGAGGAAAAUGCCCCGUGUGGUCAACCCACGAGGAACAUCCUCGAGGAGUACCUCAGCGAGGCAGUGACCUUCAUGAAGAACUUAAACUCCAUCAACGAGUACGUGAAUACUGCGAAUAUGCUCGAGAGGUACUCCUCGCCCACUCCCCAGAAACGUGUUGGGAAGCAAGGGACACGUCGUAGGAGCUGUUCCUCGUGGGAUCGCGAUUACCUGGAAUCGGCGGGUCAUAAGGUCAGCUUAAAGGACGACACCGACGACGAGCAUCUGAAGGGGGACGAUGAUAUCGUCGUCUCCACGGAGUCGUACGACCAGUGUCUGAAGGGUAUCCAAAGGCUGGAGGACUGUAUUCGUAGGGUGGACAUACAUAACGAGCAGCUUCGUGAGAAAUACGGUGUCAAUUUCGAAUCUGCUGGCGCUAGACUAAGUUUAGCGAGUCCUAGCACGGAUCGUGCACCUGCGACGAGCGAUUUCGCGAUUCCAGGUAAAAGGGACACCGCCAUUCUUAGGGGAGACGUUUCCGAGGACACGACUCACCCUGGAUUCAUCGAAUACCGUCCACGAUCGGAUUCACGUUCGAUCGAUGAAUCCGUUAAGGCGACGAACGAAGAUGACGAUCUAGAGAAGACUAUCUUCGAUCAGCUGAUGAACGUCGCGAACUCGACCAGGUGCAGAAGUUACGGAAAGUUUCAGAGUCGACUGACCAAACCGUCUGAUCCUAAACCCCGAAGUCCCACCACUUAUUCGAAACUUCGCGAGAAGUAUAACCACGGGACGAAGGAGCCACUUUACGGGGACUUUCAGGGAUGCUUGAACCUCGAUGAGGUUUCGGGGAACGAUGAACGACAGGACUUCACCAGUUACGAGAUAACUGGAAACCUAUCCGUCUCGAGAAGUGCUACGACAGCGGGUUUCAACGAUCCAGAGUCCCCGAUCGAGGAAGAUUUUUCACCUUCGAGAAGAUUCGAGCGUAUCGAGAGAAGGCUGCAGGUCGAUAUCCCCUCUUCGAGAAUGUAUCACGAUGAUUCGUCGAAUGGUUUAUUUAGAACAGUCACGGAUUCAGGGAUCGGGGAUGAUGAUUUGUCAGGAAUGACAGGUUCGAGAACGAACAUUUCGCAACGCGUUUCGAACGACGAUACUCGAGAGAGGUUCCGUGAAUCGGACGAUUAUUCGCGAAGAAUCAGGGACGGUGGCUCGAAAGUGUGCGUGUGCUCGAGGGAUCAGGAUAUCGAGGCGAACGAGAUUAUGCAAUUCAGGGACAAACUGAAAUACCCCGGAAGUCCUAGAGCGAGGUUCCUGGAACUUCUGAGGGAACGACGACGGAUCGUCGAGAGCAGCAGAGGCACGAGCGCCUCUUGAGACCCAUUCGAGUCGUUUCAUCAAAUUGUAAAUUGUUUUUCUAUCGUAACGCGUUAACGACCUUACGUAUCUUGUAAAUAAGACAGUCAGACUUUUAUAACGUUUGUCAACGCACCCGGCGUCUUUAACUUAUUGAUCUUCACACACUUUUAAUCUGUAUCACUCGUGUAACUCGCCCUCU